AUGCCGAGGUUAAUAGAAAGUCGGUCGUGGCAGUUACUGCAAGAUGUACCAGCAAAAUACUUCCGACUUGUAAAAGAAGCGCUGUCAUUGAGAGAAAAGAUCGUCUCAGCUCGACAGUCAAUACACUUUCUCCACCGCUGUCUAAAACAUCAAGUCGUUCCGAACUUCAUCAAACGAAGACGACUACACGACGUAUGCGGUCUACCAGAGGACAGUCACCAAGUAUUGGACGUCGAAUUGCGAAUACUACGCACUUGUCUACGAAGCCGACAAAACCAGAUGUUCGCCAAGUGGAAGAAGUGCGAGACGAAGGAAAACUUUUGUGCUAAAUAUUUGGAGGACCACCUCUGGAGGAGAAUAGUGAGCGGGUCAGUGUUGAUUUGCAACUCUAUUAGGUCUAAUGCUAAAGUAGCUUUGCGAAGAAAAUUCGAAGACAUUUUGAGUAAAUCAUAUAACACAGCUUCAAUAGCGCACAAAAAUAUCGCUAAAGAACAUCAAACAGAUCACGUUAGGAUAGGUAAUGUGCAAGAAAAUUCAAGGCUAACCGUGUUAGGAGGCAUAACUCUCCCUGACGGUGCGCGCUCGUUAUUAGAAUUGGCCUUACCAACAUGCCCUGUCUUGUACUUACUUAUAAAAACUCAUAAAUUAGUAUCCAGCGAUGAUCUUGCGUCUACCGAUCCAUCACUAUUCGAGGUUAGACCUAUCAUUAGCUGUGUAGACGGGCCAACGGACAGGAUAACAUGGUUUUUAACCAUAAUAUUUAACCAGUUGUUGAAACACAUUCCAGCCCAUCUUACGAAUACCCAGAUGUUUCUGGAUCGUCUACGUACUGCGCAGCCCAAAAGCGCGUGCGUGAUGGAGUCCUUCGACGUUACCGCCCUUUAUACAAACGUAUCGAAUGACUACGCAAUGCAAGCCAUAUUAGAACUCCUUACACAACACGAAGGGGAAAUAAACAUGUAUGGCUUCAGGAUAGAGCACCUGAUGGCACUCUUAAAGGAAUGCUUGAGCUGCUCAUUCUUCAGCUGGUCUGGAAAGUACUACGCUCAAAUAAGAGGGUUGGCAAUGGGACAACGACUGGCUACAAGCCUUGCCAUUGCAUUUAUAUCUAAGGUGGAAGCACCGGUGACUGAUCUCGGGCCGCUACUCUACUGUAGGUAUGUAGACGACUGCUUUGUCCUUUGCUCAACACAAGAGGAAAUGGACAAAUGCUUCGAAUUGUUAAACGCACAGACAGAGUAUAUCAAGUUCACCCGAGAAAAGCCGAAAGAAAAAUGA